AUGUUAUCUCGAAGAUUUACAAGUUGGGACAAUUUUGCGACCUGUUUGAAAGAAGUACAUAAUUAUACGCAUACUAAGUACGUUAUGUCAGUAUGCAGAAAGAACAGUGAUGAUCCAACUCCAAAGUACUUUUUCGUGAGAUAUGUCUGUACAAAUGGACGUAAACCCAGUUCGUCAGAGUCAGAUGCUUGCGUUCAGGAUGUAGAUGAUGAUAGUAAUCAUCAUUCUUCUGAAGAGCAUACAACUUCCAAGUCACCACCACAACCUAGACAAAGAAGACGACGUCGGUCAUCUACGUCGAAAUAUUGCCAUUGUCAAUCUGGAUUUUGGGGCUGUGCAAUAAAUGCUUACCAAGGACGGUAUCGCCAGAAUGCGUCCACAGUUGUACCCAGACACUAA